CUCAUUUAGAACUGUCAAGUAAAAAUAAUACACGUUCAUUAUACAUAAACAAUAUAACUAUGACACGAAAGUUCUUUAUUCAUUGUGAAAUAAAAUUUUCUCCAGUAUUUAGAUAAUAAGUUUUGGAUAUGGUAGUUGUCGUUAUGAUAGCAGCGCCUCGUUGAUUCUAGUUGGAUCUACAGCUGUUUAUACGUAAAUUGUUGGUGAAAUAAGUGUCAGUGAAUUUUACUUAUAUUUAAAAAGAACAGCCUUUGGGCUGAAAUAGUCCGUGCAAAAAUGAGAGAGGCUGGAAUAAUGUUAAUAAGCACAGCAUUAACAUGUGCUGUGAUAGGCAACGCUUAUUAUCAAAGAAAACAGUUCUAUCCAACAGUAGUUCACAUAACCAAAUCUAAUCCUAGUAUGACGGUUAUCUAUACUCAAGGUUUAAUUCUAGUAUUUAUGAUAAAUGCUUUCUUGCGAAAGAUAUUUUUUGGUACUUUACGUGCUGCUGAACUUGAGCAUUUGUUGGAAAAAGUAUGGUAUGCAGUAACUGAAACUUGUUUAGCAUUUACAGUGUUUAGAGAUGACUUUAGUCCAAAAUUCAUAGCACUAUUUACUCUUCUUUUAUUUCUGAAAUCAUUUCAUUGGUUGGCAGAAGAUCGUGUAGAUUAUAUGGAAAGAAGUCCUAUAAUAACUUGGUUAUUCCAUCUUAGAGUUGGUACUCUAUUAGUUCUAUUAUUUGUUAUAAAUUUAACUAUGAUUCAUUAUGCAUAUAAUACAACAGCUACAAAAGGUCCUUCAGUACAACUUGUCUUUGGUUUUGAGUAUGCUAUUCUUUUAACUAUUGUAUUCAAUAUUAGUGUGAAGUAUAUAUUGCAUACAAUAGAUCUACAAAGUGAAAAUCCAUGGGACAAUAAACCAGUAUUUCUUUUGUAUACAGAAUUGAUAAUUGGAUUAUUAAAGGUUAUUUUAUAUGUUGCCUUUGUUACUUUGAUGGUGAAAUUAUAUACUUUACCUUUGUUUGCACUUCGUGCAAUGUAUUAUACAAUGAGAGAUUUUAAAAAAGCUUUCCAUGAUAUUGUAAUGUCACGUCGAGCUAUCAGAAAUAUGAAUACAUUGUAUCCAGAUGCAACAGCAGAAGAAUUAGCUGCUGCUGAUAAUGUGUGUAUUAUAUGCAGAGAAGAAAUGGUAGCAGCAAGUAAAAAGCUACCAUGCAAUCAUAUUUUUCAUACUGCCUGUCUUCGUUCUUGGUUUCAACGUCAACAAACAUGUCCCACAUGCCGCUUAAACAUUUUAAGACCUGUUAAUAUUAAUCAAGGAAAUAGACAACAAAAUCAGGCACAGGCAGGACCUCAAGUGCCUCAAGUUCCACAAGCAGCAGGAUUUAAUCCAAUUGUUCAAGUACUCCCAGCAUUUUGGGCUGGAAUGCAAGCUCCAGGAGCACCACCUCCUCUACAGCAACAACAACAGCAACAGCAGCAACAAACUUCAGAUGCAACAACUCAGCAACAACAAAAUCAAAACAAUGGAUCAAAUAUUCCUUCAUCAUCAUUCCAAAAUUUGGCAGCUAAUAGUGUACCAUUAUUUCCUCCUCCAUUUCCAACUAUGGUACCAUUACCUCCUAUUCCUACGCCACCACCAAAUCUUACAGAAUUAAGCGAAGAAGAACUUAGACAAAUGGAAGGUAAUUUGCGACAAGCUGUUGAAGCUAGAAUACAAACCUUGCAAAGAGUUCAGCUUUUAUUAGAUGCUGCCAAUGCUAUGAUGAAUCAAUAUCAAACAGCAGCUGCUACUGCUAAAUUUAUUUAUUACAGUAUUCCAGUGUCAACUGCAACAAAUAACACAAAUGUUACAACAGAUGUUUCUGCAUUAGUAAAACAAGGAAUGUCAAAAACUACAAGUCCUGGAAUUAAUAAUGAACAAUUGCAAAUUAAAACUGAAAUGAAUGUUCCUACUGCAAAUUCUUCCAAUGAUAAUAUAAAUACAUUAUCAGGCACAAAUAGUAAUGAUACAAUUCCAGAAUCAUCAAUUAGAAAUGAUAUGGAACCUUCAAACGAACAAGAAAUAUUACGAAGACGAAGAUUACAAAAAUUUUCAGCUCAGCUUACAGCAGAAUAAAUAUUUAUAAAAUUAUGUGAUAAUUUGUGUAAUAUAAUUGUACUUUGAUUAAUAACAGGCCUGGUUAUAAAUGCGAUUAAUAAUUGGAAAAAAAGAAAUGUAACAAUUGUUAAGAGCUAGAAAUUUAAAGUCGAUAUUACAAUAUUAAUAAUCAUAAAUAUAUCAAAUAAUCCUUUAAAAAAAAUAAUAUAAUAAAUUUGUCUUUUUUUAUAUAAAUUAUCUUAGAAGCAAAACAUAUAAAUUUUAUAACUAAUUUCUGUUCUUUAGUUACUUUAUAUAUGUAUAUAUCAUGUCUACAAUAGAUCUUUCGAUAAAUUUCAUAAAAUAAUUACAUAUUAUAUUAAUUAAAUUGUUUCUGUAUUCUUUAUCUAUUAGAAAUGAAUUUAGUUUAAGUUUUUUUUAUUCCAUAAUUUUUAUAUUAUAAAAAUGACUUAAAGUAUCUCGUCAAUUUUGUUUAUGCUACAUACAGACUAAUGUACAGAUUUUAAUAAUUAUUAUAUAUUAAGAAUGCUUGUGUCUGUAUAUGGGAAUGGUAAUGUCAGUUAUUAUAACAUGACUGUAAUAUAAUUGUUUUAAAUAACUGUCAAAAUAUGUAAUAAAUUUAUUUGUCUAUUUAA